AUGGCUCCUCCGCCCCGCCGUUUCCCCACCGCCGCCCAAAUCAAGCGGCUGCACAUCAUGUUUGUCGCAAACGCGCCGCCGAGCCGACCGGCGCUGCUGGAAUCAACCAUCUCAACGUUCAUCAAAACCGCGCACUCGAAGGAGCACGAGAAGCAGCGAGAUCCAUUCCAACUGGCAGCGAUUCUCGCCAAGCAGAUGAUGGAGAGCCGCGCCUUCGCCGACGGCAACAAGAGCACGGCGCUCCUCGCAGCCAACACGUUUAUCAUAUUGAACGGAUAUAUGCACGCCUACAGAUGGGGCAUGUGGCUUAUGACACCAAAACCGCUGGGACCUGACCGCACCAAGAGUCUCGCCAAUGCACAUGUCAAAGUUGCGAGAGGCGAACGGUCAGCUAGAGAGCUGGGCUGGUAUUACAAGAAAGCAGCGGAAGACCCUAUCUCGGUCAGAGCGUACGAGCCGGAAUGGAACGAAGAAGAACAAGAGUACAUCCAUACUCCCGAUCCUCCGCUAAUGGAGACGAUGGAUAAGGUGUGGAUGAAAAGGGAUCAGUGUCAUCCUCUUCGGGGGGUUCCUCGAUUAUAA